AUGGCGGCGCUGCUCUCGACACUGCUGCUGCUUCUUGCAGCAACAGCUAGCGCCCAGUUUGUCAACCAAGAGUAUCACAGCCGCAACUUCAACAUUACCAAGUCACCCGGCAAUAGCAACAUCACUGUCGCCUACAAAGAACCUAAUGGCACCUGCAAGACAGCCUUCACCUCACAGAAACAGUACACUGGCUGGGUCAGCGUUCCUGGCGACUAUGCCACCAAUCUCUUCUUCUGGUUCGUCGAGGCCCGUGAAAAGACCGAUAAACUCACCAUAUGGCUCAAUGGAGGCCCGGGCUCCAGCUCCAUGUAUGGAUUUUUCACAGGCAAUGGCCCCUGCGCUGUCGUCGAAAAGGGCCUCAACACAUACGAUACCGUUACUAGAGAUUGGGGGUGGGACCGCGGUUCCAAUAUCAUCUUCAUCGACCAACCCAACCAAGUUGGCUUCUCAUAUGAUGUUCCAUCUAACGGCACCAUGCUGUUCCCCAAUGGCACCGUGAUCCUUCCACCAUACGCUGAUGAAAGCUCAAAAAAUCCGUGGUCCAUUACCAACGGUACCUUUUCCACCAUGAAUGUCAAUUCCACUGCCAACACCACUGAAAAGGCCGCAUUUGCUGUCUGGCACAUGCUGCAAGGCUUCCUCGGCGCUUUCCCCCAAUACUUACCACCGGCACCUCAGCCCGUGUCCAUCAACCUCUUUGCGGAAAGCUACGGCGGUCGCUACGGCCCCAUUUUCGCCGACGUCUGGGAGCAACAGAACCAGAUUCGACAAGUUACGCCCGCAAAAACAAACUCCACGCGCCAGGUCAAUCUCGCUUCCCUCGGGAUCGUCAACGGCUGCGUUGAUCAGGAGAUUCAGCAGGCUCUGUCUCCCAAGUUUGCUACGGCCAAUACCUAUGGCUUCAAGGCCUACAGCGACGAGGAGGCCAAGUUUUAUACCGACAAGUUUUCUGCCGCUGGUGGAUGCGCCGAGAGACUGAGGCGAUGUGCCAGCCUUUCUGCCGCUUUUGACAUCAACGGUACCGGCACUGUGGAUGGUGUCAACCAGGCCUGCCAGAGAGCAAAUGCUGUCUGUAACGAUGUUGACACGCCCUAUUACGCUGCCGGAAGAAGCGUGUAUGAUCUCUCUGCCCCUCUCACGGAUCCGUUUCCCUCGUUUCGAUUCGUGGACUACCUAAACCAGGGCUCUGUCCUUGCCGCCAUCGGCUCACCAGUCAACUAUACCAUGAAUAGCAACGCAGUCUAUUUUGCCUUUGACGCCACGGGCGACCUUUCCAGAGGCCAGACUAUACCACGUAUAGCCAAGUUGCUCAACCAGGGCGUCCGCAUAGGCUUGAUUUAUGGCGACAGAGAUUAUAUUUGUCACUGGUUUGGCGGUGAGGCCGUUUCACUACAGGUCGCCAAGGAAGCUGGCGGCCAGUACCUCACCCAGUUUCCCGCCGCUGGGUACUCACCCAUCAUCGUCAAUAGCUCCUAUAUUGGUGGUGAGGUCCGUCAAUUUGGAAACCUUUCUUUUAGCCGCAUCUACCAAUCUGGACAUUCUGUGGCGUCGUAUCAGCCUGAGACGGCAUUUCAAAUAUUCUCUCGCCUCAUGGCUGGCACUUCAGUCUCAACCGGUCAAUCUAUCGACAUCAACACAUACAGCACGUCUGGCCCAGUGAAUUCAACCACGACAGCCAAGCUACCCAAGAUGCAAGAUACGGUCUGCUACAUACGCGCGUUCCAAGACACUUGCGACAAGGAUUCCCGGCAACUGGCAGCCAGCGGCAGCGGGGUCGUCAUCAACGGCAUUCUCUAUUCUUCCUCGGCGGACUGGCCGCUCAUGACCCAGACGGCGACGUCGACCAAGGCUGCCACUACCAAAACAUCGAGCGCAACCUUGACGGGCGCGUACACGGCAACGAGUACACCUAAAAACUCGGCUCAAAGAGCAAGCCCCUCGCCAGCCUUUUGUAUUGUGGUGGUGCUCGGGGCAGCACUGUUGCCAGUUUUGGAUUGGAUAUAA